CUCACUAUCUGACAGAAAAUGGCCGACUUGCAGUGUGGGUAUAGUUUCCUUCUGCCUCAAGCACAAUUUUAAGGUGCCCUACGUUUAAACCAUGCGCUGUUGCAUUUAACAGAGAAGCAUCAUGUUUAAAAAGGCGAAACGAGCUAACUUUCGACGGCGGAAUGAGUCCGACGAGGACGACCAGGAGGAGGGUCGACAGCCCCCAGUGGCGCCGACGUCGUUUGGGCCUGUUGUGGAGGAAAUCCCGUUUAUGGAGACUUCAAGUACCAGCGUUACCGGAGCACACAGCGCCACGGAUAACUACCACAGCAAUGGGUUUCAGGCUAACGCCUACAAUAUAAGAGCUGUCAAGAAAGAAAAGAAAGUCAAAGAAACACCCAUCGUUGCAGCUACCGUGGUCGGACCCACGAAAGCCAGUUUGCUGAGUUUCGACGAUGAUGAAGAAGGAUCCGAGGUGUUCCGAGUGAAGAAAUCCAAUCACAGCAAGAAGAUCGUCAAACAGCUGAAGAAAGAAUACAAGGAUGACUUGGAGAAGUCUGGAAACAGACAUGAAAUCAAAUCAGAUGCACCACCUCAGCCUGCGGUUGCCAUCAAAGAGGAAGUGACCAGCAGAGCGGGCAGUGAACAGGGGGAGGAAGAAAUGGAGGUGGACAGUGGCAAUGAGCAGCAGGAGGAGGAGGCCAAGAGUCAAGGCGGCCAGGCACAAAGUCAAGUCAUCAAGAGCAACAGCGCUGGAGCGUCGUUCAACACGCUUUCCUCCCUCGGCAGCCUGAGACCAGGGGAGAUCCCUGAUGCGGCAUUCAUCCAUGCUGCCAGAAAGCGCAGACAACUAGCUAGAGAGCUGGGGGGUGAGCCCCCUCUCGUAGAGACCGAGACCCCCAAGAAGCGCAUGGUGCGGGAAGAAGAACAAGAUGCCAGCGACGACGAAGACGAGGACGAGAAGAGGAUCAGCUUCAGCGGAGUCAAGAACAAAAGCCAGAGGCAAAAGAUUGCCGAGGAGAUAGGUAUUGAGGGCAGUGAUGACGAGGCGCUGGAUACAGGUCAGGAUGAGGAGGUGAUCCGUUGGGAGCAGGAGCAGAUUAGGAAAGGAAUCAGCAUACCCCAGGUCCAAAGCAGCCAGCCAGAGGACAACGCGGUGUACUACCAGAACAGCUACGAGAGCCAACCAUACGGGUCUGCCUACAGCAUGCCUUUCACCUACAGCACCGUGGCCCCGCUGCCCGCCAAGCCGACGGGCCGCGCAGACAACGGCUCCGUUCUCUACGGGACGCCUAUUAGCGAUCUAACGCCGGUAUCCAUUGAUCUGGUAAAGAAACGCCUGCAGGAUAGGCUCAGCCAAAUGCGCGCAGGCAACAACGCAAACGCCAGCCGCUACAAACAGAUCGAAGAAGACCUAGCGGCCUCCGAGAGCGCCAUACUGCAGCUGGAGGGCUCGUCCAAUGACAAUGCAGAUCAAUAUAAAUUCUUGCAAGAGAUGCGAGGGUAUGUUGGAGACUUGCUUGAGUGUUUCAGUGAAAAGGUGCCUGCUGUCCUGGAGCUGGAGGCGGCCAUGCACCAGUUACUAAGGCAACGUGCCUCACGACUUGUCCAGAGAAGACAGGAUGAUAUUAAAGAUGAAUCGUCGGAGUUUGCAAGCCUUUCAAGUAAAGCUGUCAUGGCUCCUAAUCUGGACUCAUUUGGUCGCGACCGCGCAGUUUACCAAGAGCACAGUCGUCAGAGGCGGAUAGCGGAAAGAGAAGCACGACGAACUCGCCGGCGACAAGCUAGAGAGCAGAACGGAAAGAGGGCUGAGCACAAAGAAGGCUUAUCGUCCGACGAUGAGGAGACCUCGACUGACAUCACCAGCUUCAACAUGGAGAAAGAUCGUAUCACCCGGGAAUGUAAGAAAGUGUUUGAGGAUGCGGUGGAGGACUUUCAUUCUCUUGAUUGCAUCAAAUCCCACUUCGAAGUGUGGAGGAGAGAAUACGCCGACUGCUACAGAGAUGCUUACAUCGGCCUGUGUCUGCCCAAACUCUUUAACCCGUUAGUCCGCCUGCAGCUGAUCACAUGGAACCCUCUUGAGGCUCAGUGUGCAAAUUUCGAGUACAUGCUGUGGUUUGAGUCGCUGCUGUUCUACGGCUUCGAGGAGCACAGCACGUCGCAGAGAGGAGACGGGGAUAUCAGCCUGCUGCCCGCUAUUGUGGAGAAGGUCAUCCUAUCCAAACUGACAGUGUUGGCAGAGGAAGUCUGGGACCCGCUGUCGAACAGUCAGACGACCGGGCUGGUGGGCUUCAUUCACAGACUCAUGAAAGGCUACCCCACUGUGCUGCAUGGGGACAACAGAUACACACAGGAGCUUUUGAAAACUAUUGUCUUCAGGACCAGGCGGACUCUGGAUGAAGAUGUCUUCCUUCCACUUUACCCCAAAAAUGUGUUGGAGAACAAGAACAGCGGCCCCUACUUAUUCUACCAGCGGCAGUUCUGGUCCUGUGUUAAGCUACUGGGCAACAUCCUGCAGUGGGAAGGAAUCUUAUCCAGUUCCUGUCUGAAGGAUCUGGCGCUGGACAGCACCGUGAAUAGAUACAUCCUCUCUGCACUGCAGACCACGGACACUGGAGCGGACAAUGUCCCAAAGUGCCAGAAGGUGGUGGAGUGUCUGCCAUUGCAGUGGUUCUCUGGACUGAAGGGCCAGCGCACGCUGCCUCAGUUGGAGCCAUUCUGUCGCUACCUCACCCACCUGGCCAACUCAAUGCACCGCAGCAGUUUGGGCGGGUCUGAUGUAGAUCGGCGCACUGCCAAGGACCAAGUCAAAGAGGUUGUGAAGAUGUUGGGCCACAUGAAUGCCCUGGACCACAUCAUCGCAGUGGCAGCAGAGCACGGCAUUAAAGACAUCAAGCCUCUUUUGGAAGCCAAGUCGUAGAGGAGGACAUGGCAAUAGCAACUUUUCAUACAUCUUUUGUCGUGUUCAGCACAUUGAAGCCAUUUGGAUCACUGAAGUCGGAUUCCCGGGGAAGAAGAAGAAAAAAAACUGCGUAAAUGGAUUUGAAAUAAAACGUGACAGUUGCUACUUUGCCUGAAAAGAGAAGGUAAAAGACAUUUGUGUAAAUAUUGUGAAUAAUGUAUAGAAAGGUAUGCUCAACACAAGACUGAUGCUGAAAAUAAGGCCUUGUAUUGUCAGCGCAGGAAGACCAUUCAGUUGUUCUGCAAUGCUGGCAAUAUUUUUAAUGCAUAAUUUAUUCAGAAUAAACAAUUGUUGAUAUGACUGGCAUAUGUUUGGGAAAUGUGUGAUCUCUAAAUUGACACCGUAGUCAACCUGGCUAUCUGUAAAAACUGCUUAACCACCUUUUAUUUCUCUCACAUACUCCACUUCUAUGUGUUAGAAAUACCAAAAGGUAGAAAUGCACCCUGUAAACAAAACCAGCUGGUGAGACAGCUGAUAUGUGUUUUGUUCUUGGACCGCCCACUUCACCCUUCUGUGUCACCCACGGACGUCCCCGAUGACCCUACCACAGCGGAGAGCUUUGUAUUCAAUUUUGUAAAACAAUUUUUGUGUUAGUAUUUUAUUUGCCUGUGAAUAAAAUAUUCACUUGAAUGAU